UCCUGGGCUCACACUGGUGAGGGGGGUCUUAUUCCACGAAUCCCAUGAAGGCCCUCGUCUAUAUUUCCUCUCAUCAAAGGCGCCCGUCACCGCGGAGCAUCACGGACUUUGUAGUUCAGGCCGUGUUUACGGCCUGUCGGGGGCAGGCGCUGCCACAACAUGCGUGGGAGGCGACAGGUCGCGACGGCAGCGACAGGUGGCAGCUGGGGGUGGCUGAAAUCGUAAAAGGCUUUCCAUCCUUGUUCUAAGGGGAGGAGAUACCAUUCCCGCAGACUUCAUCUGUUCCUCCUCUCUCCUCUUGGGAUUCCGGGACCCCUGGGUCCGCCAUAAAGGCGGGGCCUGAAGCCCCCGGUUUGGGGGGAGCUGUGCUGUCCCUCCUCCGAUGAUGAUGUCACUCCCCCCUCCGUAGCCUUUUGCUGCCCAGAGCUGCCGGGGCUGGGUCACCCCUCCCCCUAUCGCCAGCCCCGGAUUCCCCCAUCCCCGCCCCGUCUCGACGUGGGGCCCCGCCUCCUCCCGCCGCAGCCGCUGGCCCCGCCUCGGCCCCUGCCACCCUGCGUCUCGGCCAGCCUAGGGGGCGGGCAGGAACUCCCCGGGACACGCCGCCUAGUUCUGGCCCCGCCCCUCCGUUAGCCCUGCCCUACUCUCCAUCUCUCCACUCCCACCAAGACGAGAACAUCUAACCCCGCCCUGUUCCCCAUUGGCCCCGCCUUUUGCCUCAAACCUAUUGGGUUUUUUCCCCUCUGCCUUCCUUAGGGCUCCCUCUUCGCCAGUCCUCAACCCAUCCUUUUGUUCUCCUGUCUGCAGUCCGCCGUUAUCUAGACCUCGUCCCCUUUCCCCCUCUUCAGUCCCCACUGACACUUAGGCUCUGGUCCCCAGGACUCUUCAUUUCAUGUCCCGUCCUCCCCCCAGCCCCGUCCAACCUGGUAGCUUUGUACUCUUUGCAGGUCUCACCUUUCCCUUAGUACUCCAAUCUACCGUUCUUUACCCUCUUUUACCCCUGCCCCGCCCCCGCCUACCCUAGUUGCUUUCAAGUCCCUUAAAGCCCCGUUGCUCCUAGUCUCGCCUUCCCACAGCCCAUUCAAGACUUUUCGUAGACCCCACCCACCUUCCUCAGUCCCGCCCCAUCCAUCCUGACACUCAUUUUCCCGGUCCAGCCCCGUCUGAUCAGCCUGUUUGCAGCCCUGGCCCCGCUCCUUCACUACUUCGCCCCCUCCCGUAAUCCUACCCAGACGCUCUCAGGUUUCCAGGCUUCGCUCCUCUCCGACCCUUCUCACUGGGUCUCAGUCCCUGUAACCGUUGCCUGUCCCCUUUUAGUCCGGCGUAGUGCCAUUUCGCGUGAAAGUACUCUACUCUCAAUUUCCAGUACCCGCCCUCAUUCAGUCCCGCCCCCCAUACUCUCCCAGCCCAAUCAAGGCUGUUUCUAACUACUUUUUUUCGACCCCGCCUCUUCUUAAGAUCUGCCCUGCCCUGUGGGAGCAAUGCUAGGAGCCCAACCCCACCACCUCCAUCUGUCCUUUCGUAGCAGGUUUGGCUUGUCUGCUCUUUAGCUCCGGCCCGCUUAUCCAUCCCUGUCCAAUCAGAACGGUCUACCCCACUGUAGCCCCGCCCAUCGCUCUGCUCCUCUAGGCCUCUCUAAAUAGCUUGGUCUUGUUCCUUUUCUCUGCCUGGCUCCCUCUUUUUUUUCCGUUUAAUCUGACUUCUUUCUUAUUUAGCCCCGCCUCCUCUGUUCUCUUGGUGCUGCCAAGCCAACAGACGUUAGCGGUGCAUCCAGCCUCUUUUAACACCUCCCCCCGUUCCUUCCUUCGGAAAGAGCCAAUCGGUGUGCUUCAUCUGCUGCCCCGCCCCGUCCACCUAGGCAGUGUUAACAGUUUCUGUCCUAAUCUGUGCUUCAGCCCCACCCCAUCUCCCCCAGACCAAUCACUUCGAUUCCUCCCUACUUCGGCCCCGCCUCCUCACUUAUUGUUUCUUCCUACCCAAUCACGUCUGCCUCUUCCCCUGAGGUCCCGCCCUCAAGGCCCCGCCCCCCAUCGCCCCGCCCCCCGGCCAAUGCUGAGCUCAGUCUGCGUCUCGUCCUUCCGCGGGCGCCAGGGGGCCAGCAAGCAGCCGCCGCCGCUGCAGCCGCCCGAGUCCCCUCCGCCGCUGCCACCGCCGNGAUACUAUAAAUGCUUGUGGGGCCAGCCAAGUGGCUCNCAGCCCGGCCCCGCCGCGUCCCCGGCGGGCCCCCCGGCAUCCCGCGGGCCCGGGGACCGGCGCGCCGAGCCAUGCCCCGGGCUGCCAGCGGCGGCCAUGGGGCGGCACGGCGGCGGCGGUGGCGACAGCGGCAAGAUCGUGAUCAACGUGGGCGGUGUGCGCCAUGAGACGUACCGCUCGACGCUGCGCACCCUGCCGGGGACGCGGCUGGCAGGCCUGACGGAGCCCGAGGCAGCAGCGCGCUUCGACUACGACCCGGGCACCGACGAGUUCUUCUUCGACCGACACCCGGGCGUCUUCGCCUACGUGCUCAACUACUACCGCACGGGCAAGCUGCACUGCCCGGCCGACGUGUGCGGGCCCCUUUUCGAGGAGGAGCUCGGCUUCUGGGGCAUCGACGAGACCGACGUGGAGGCCUGCUGCUGGAUGACCUACCGGCAGCACCGUGAUGCUGAGGAGGCGCUCGAUUCCUUCGAGGCGCCCGACUCCGCGGGCGCCGCCAACGCUGCCAACGCCGCGGGCGCCCACGACGCGGGCCUGGACGACGAGGCGGGCGCGGGCGGCGGCGGACUGGACGGCGCGGGAGGAGAGCUCAAGCGUCUCUGCUUCCAGGACGCGGGCGGCGGCGCCGGGGGGCCGCCAGGGGGCGCGGGCGGCGCGGGCGGCACGUGGUGGCGCCGCUGGCAGCCCCGCGUGUGGGCGCUGUUCGAGGACCCCUACUCGUCGCGGGCCGCCAGGUAUGUGGCCUUCGCCUCCCUCUUCUUCAUCCUCAUCUCCAUCACCACCUUCUGCCUGGAGACCCACGAGGGCUUUAUUCACAUCAGCAACAAGACGGUAACGCAAGCCUCCCCGAUUCCCGGGGCCCCGCCUGAGAACAUCACCAACGUGGAGGUGGAGACGGAGCCCUUCCUGACAUAUGUGGAGGGCGUGUGCGUGGUCUGGUUCACCUUCGAGUUCCUCAUGCGCAUCACCUUCUGCCCCGACAAGGUGGAAUUUCUCAAGAGUAGCCUCAAUAUCAUCGACUGUGUGGCCAUCCUGCCCUUCUAUCUUGAGGUGGGCCUCUCGGGCCUCAGCUCCAAGGCCGCGAAGGACGUGCUGGGCUUCCUGCGCGUGGUCCGCUUCGUGCGCAUCCUGCGCAUCUUCAAGCUCACGCGCCACUUCGUGGGGCUGCGCGUCCUGGGGCACACGCUUCGCGCCAGCACCAAUGAGUUCCUGCUGCUUAUUAUCUUCCUGGCCCUGGGGGUGCUCAUCUUCGCCACCAUGAUCUACUAUGCUGAGCGCAUUGGCGCUGACCCUGAUGACAUCCUGGGCUCCAACCACACCUACUUCAAGAACAUCCCCAUCGGCUUCUGGUGGGCUGUGGUCACCAUGACCACUCUGGGUUAUGGAGACAUGUACCCUAAGACAUGGUCGGGGAUGCUGGUCGGGGCACUGUGUGCCCUGGCGGGGGUGCUCACCAUCGCCAUGCCCGUGCCCGUCAUUGUCAACAACUUUGGCAUGUACUAUUCGCUGGCCAUGGCCAAGCAGAAGCUGCCCAAGAAGAAGAACAAACACAUCCCUCGGCCCCCGCAGCCUGGCUCACCUAACUACUGCAAGCCUGACCCACCCCCGCCGCCCCCACCCCACCCUCACCAUGGCAGCGGUGGCAUCAGCCCCCCACCGCCUAUCACCCCACCCUCCAUGGGGGUGACUGUGGCUGGGGCCUACCCGCCGGGGCCCCACACGCACCCCGGGCUGCUCAGGGGUGGAGCGGGUGGGCUGGGGAUCAUGGGGCUGCCUCCUCUGCCGGCCCCUGGGGAGCCUUGCCCAUUGGCUCAGGAGGAAGUGAUUGAGAUCAACCGGGCAGAUCCCCGCCCCAAUGGGGACCCAGCAGCAGCCGCGCUUGCCCAUGAGGACUGCCCAGCCAUCGACCAGCCCGCCAUGUCCCCCGAAGACAAGAGCCCCAUCACCCCUGGGAGCCGGGGCCGCUACAGCCGGGACCGAGCCUGCUUCCUCCUCACGGACUGUCUGGAUGGGCCCCUUGGAAUUGAGGGGCAGAGGGAGCGGGGAGGAUUUGGGAAUUUGCUUUUCCUGGCUCUGUCUCUUUCUCCAUGUCCUAUCCUUUCUGUUUGUUUCUUUCCUGCUUCCCUCCCUCUGUUUGGGGUCUGUCUGUUGGACCUCUCUUUGCACCCCUACUCCAUGCUUCCUCCCCGUGUUUCUGCCCCCCCUCCCCCAGGUUACGAGAAAUCCCGCAGCCUGAGCAGCAUCGCGGGCCUCAGCGGGGUGUCCCUGCGCCUCGCGCCCCUUGCCACUCCCCCUGGCUCUCCCAGGGCCACCCGCCGUGCUCCCCCAACCCUGCCCUCCAUCCUCUAGCGCUCCCCUCCCCCCCGUGGGGGGACUCGGGGGUGACAGGGAAGAAGGUCAAAGGAGCUGGGGGUGGGGGGUGGGGGAAAGGGUUUUUUAAAAAAUCAAAAAGUCAUUAAUAAUAUGCAACGGAGACGACGACGCCAGCAGACACCCCCGGGCCCCUCACCCCCACCUGGGCCCCCAGGAUGGAGGGGUAGGGUCCAAAGCCCUUCCCCCCAACUCUCUGCCCACCCCCAAAUAAAGCCUUCUCAGGUCUCCAUGAGCCAUAGGACACCCCCCUCCCAUCAAGUCGUGUAAAUAAGUCCAAAUUAUGCCAAUUACAUUUGGGGUACCUCCCCCCUACUCUGCAUGCCUCUCCCAAUCUGACGGCCCCCCCACUUCACCUCAGCAAUAAGCGCCAGGGGCUGCAUGCCACGCGACUGAGGGAAGGGGCACUCUGGGAAGGGGCGGGGACCUCAACGGGGUUAGGCUGGCCUUUAAGCCACAGGAGGGUCUCCUAGCCUCCUACUCUUCACCCCAGGAGGGCAACCCAUCACGCAUUGAUUUAAAAAAAUAAUAAUUAGCGGUAAUGCGGGGGAAGAAGGAACAGUCACCCAAGCCAAAAACCCGAGCCGAUCUCAGAUGGUAGGAGUGGUGGGGACUGCGGACAGGUGCUCCCUCAGCUUUUAGGAGGCUCCUUUAGGUGAAUUGCACCCUUUUACCCCUCCUCCCCCCCAUCUGCUCGCCUCUGUUCUUGCUGCAUGGACUCAGACCUCCCAUCCCAGAGCUCCUGGGAUGGUCUGACCCUAGCACACAAAAUUCCCCAACACCCACUCCAGAUUCCCAGGACAUGAGACCUGCACCCAGAAUUUCCGACACUGACCGUGGCACCCCGCUUCCCCCAAAUCUCCACAUGCUCCAGGGACUUAACCUCUGCACACUGAUGCCGCCUCUCAAGCCCCACCCCUACCCACUCCCUGGAGUAAAUCCCAACAUCUCUCAAUCCUCCAAGACUUGACCCAGCCCUGCAGCUCACUUUUAGCCUUUGGGAUGCUCCAAAUCCUUCCCAGACAUGGACACUUCCUGAAUACCCCCAAAUCCUCAGGCCUCAACUCCCCCAGAAUCCCCAAAUCUCUGACAUCAGACAUCCACCUCAGGUUCUCCUGCCGCUAGAAUUUCCAAGAUGGGCUCAACCUGUCUGUAAUUCCAGGGAACCAGACCUUCCCAGGGCACCCCCUUUCUUAUGCCCAACCCUGACCCCGCCAAGAGCCCCUUCCCUUAAAUGGUGCCCAAAAGGUACCCUCUUCAUGGACACCAGUGUUUCCCAGAGGGUCGUAUUGUGCCCCUGGUGAUGUGCUGAGAUUGUAGGCAGUACAAGGACACUAAUUUUUAAAGUUUUGUCUUUCACGGCUCUUCGCACCUAAGCCGGUAAGUCCAGAUACUGCUGCUUGGCCAGGACACCGUUUAUUUAGGUUAGAAGUGUCUCCAUUUAAAGUAGAGGCUGUGCCCGAAUAAAGGGACACUGGGAAACAAUGACCUAACCACCUGGGCUGGGACUUCAGCCCGCCUUUCCCCGGCGUUCCAAGCCCCGCCGCGCUUGCGGGUGGGAAAUCACUUUCAUAUCCCAUCCUGGCUCAAGGAUGCGCUACCUCCCCCAAGCCUGGAGACCGCACCGGUCCCAGAAUCCUUAGAGGACCCCCCCUUUUGGAGCUGGGGGUCCACAGAAUUAGUAACCGUCCUCCCUCUGCUCCCACAGCCUCAGGAACGCCCCCACCCCCACCCGAGGGUUGGGGGGGUGUCACCGAGCACGAUUCUUGAUGCAACGAUUCCUAUGCAAGGGGCAUUUUGAGUCCCCCCCCCAUCCUUCCCUCGGACCCUAAACCCUGGUGAAUCAGGGGUGAGGGGUGGGGUGGGUUCUGUGGGGGCGGGGUGGGGUGGGGCAAAGGGCUAGGGGAUCCAGGCACCAGGGUAUGGGGGUGGGGAUCGAUUAUAUUGCCAAAGGGUUUAACUUCUUUAAAAAAAUAAAAAAGCCCCUCUGAUUUCCCUGACCCUCACGGAAGCCGAAUGGUGCAGGGAAAGGGGGUGAGGAUCUUUUCCAAAGGGUACAGACCUCUUCCCAACGUCUCCCCCCUGCUCGCCAGUCUGCCACACGUACCCAGCUUUUUAGUUCAGCUUUUAAAAAUAACCACAAUCAUUAUAAGCCUCUACAAAACGUGAUUCUCAUCCCCCAAAUCAACACAAAGUGUGGGGAUUCGAGGAGGGAGAGAGAGGGAGCUCUAGGGACGACUUUCAGGUCCCGCUCCCCUCCCUCCACUCCCCCAGCCGCCCGGGUGCCCGCAACUACACGCAUGCGCUGCAUGACGCGCUCCCCACACGCAUGUAGUGCCCCCCUGCACUCCGGGACGCACGGACACGGGGCAGGGGGCAGGGCGAUUGGGGAGGAAUGAAUGGUGGGGGUCUUCCUGAGCUCAGCGGCUCCCCCUCCCCAACACACAUACACAGCAAUAAGUUUCUCUCACUCAAAUGUGGGCGGGGCGGGCCUGGCCUGUCGACGUGGGGGCGGGGGGAGUGACAAGGGGGCGCUCUCAGGGAUGGGGGCGGGUGUCCGGAGUCAGUGUGGGGAGGGGAGGUCUGCAAAUCGUCCAACUCUGGUGCUAACGGCGGGUCUUCUCAGCCCACCCCCAGGGCAGGGAGGGAGGGGUCGACACCGCCCCUCCCCCAAGCCUCCCCCACGCCCACCCUGGGUGCAUGAACUGCCCAAUGCAGAAGCUGCCGCAUGUCACCCCCUCUCCCCAAAGAAACAGUGUCAUGAUCCCUUCCCACCCACCCUCUCAUUCCCCACCAAAAUUAAAGUUUCCUUUUCAUUUA